AUGGGCGAGGGAGGUGGCCCUGUUGUGCGCGGCGGGGAGGCAUAUGCCGACCGCGUGUCUCCUCUCCGAAGGGGUGUGCCUGCAUCCGAUGGUUUUCCACCGGGAGAACAAUUUCUAGAUGCUAAAUUGAAAUGUAUUGUCCAGUGUCUUGUGAUGUCAUUAUUUCAUUAUUCAAGGUAUGUGUCUCACAAGGAAAUAGAAAAUCCUGAAUUUUGCAUGUGUGAUUGGUUCAACAACCUCAACCUCUGCACCUCACUGUCAACCACAUGCAAGCUUCCUCCUUGCUUUAGGUGA